AUGAGUUUUAUUACUGAAAGGUUAAACCGUGAAUUGGAUGUUCUUUUUCAACUCGAAAGCUCUAAAAGUGAACCUCAAGUCGCUUACGCACAACUUCGACUGCAAAAUCAAGCUGAAAAUACGUCCAUUGAUGCAGCAGCUAGCAGUACACAAGAGGCACCCAUUCAAAAUGUAACUUUGGCACGGUCUCGCACAGCAGCUAUCUAUCAUGCAUUCAAAGUUUUAUCUUUUGAUAAAGGAAAUGUACCGAAACUUUCCACUGUUUUAUCUACCUUGAAUGAUGUUGAAAAAAUUUUGCAUGUUCGCUGGAGUUACAAUAAUUCCACUGAUUCAACUCAAGAAUUAGAAUUUGAGAAGGGAAUUGUGCAACUUGAGAAAUUAUUCUUGGCUAAAGUUUGCUUGGCAAUUUAUGCAAAUGUUCUUGAAAGCGUUUUGAACGCAACUUUACUGCUCUCUGAAGAUAUUUAUUAUUGGGAGGAAUUACAUGCAGAUAGGAUAUGGCAACUGGAUAUGCUAAUUUCGUUGAUGGAACAUCAAGCAACAUGCCUAGGACUGCUGAUCAAAGAGUUUAAGAUAGCAGAUCAUGAAGAUUCGGAUGAAGAAAUGGAUGCUGAUGGAGUUAUCUCAAUGCAAUUAACUAAAUGUUUAGUAUUAAUGGAAAGCGUGUUGAACCAAACAAACAAUUUUGAUAUUGAUAGUGGGAAAGUUCCUGAUGUUAAUCAAAUACUUUGUCUAAAAUAUCCACCGAAAUCACCGUCAACUUUUUCCCUUUAUAUUCAUCUCAGCGCUAUAAUAACUACUCAUCUGCCCAACCACCUGAAACAAUCACAUAAAAUUAAUUUAAAAUAUGGUCGUCCUGGGUUUUGGACUCGAUGGUGGUUACCGAUAUUAGGCUCUUGCAUAUUAGCAUUCAAACUACGAAAAUCUAUAUAUGCUCACCGGGAAGAUAUUCGAGAUUGGAUUAAUAAUGCAAAGAUCACUAUUUUACAUUUCUGGACUGAUUAUGUUUGGGAACCGGUAUUGAAAAUAAUCGAUACAAUUCAGCAUAAAGAAAGAAGAUUAGCAAUUAUGGGAAACGAAAGCCUGCAUUCCGAUUUGGAGUCUCUUGAGCGUAUGGUAGUUGAAUUUGCACGAGAAAAAUAUCAUAUGACACCAGCUGAAUUAGCUGUAUUAUUGAGUAAUCUUCGUGAUGGUGACUUGUCGCUUAUUUUAAUGGCACAGGAAGAUCAAAUGAAGAUACAAAAAACUAAGGUCGAUAUAGAAUUGGCCAUGGCGGCGCUUGACAAACUUUUGAAAUCAAACGAAUUGAAUUUUGCAUUCUUGGCAGUAGGUCCUAGCAUUUUUAUUGUAUAUAAAAUUACUUCAUGGACAGGUGCAAGAUUAAUUUGGGGUCAUGACAGUUGGACAGCUAAGCUUAAAGGUGUUAAUUUGAGGAUGCGAGAAACAUUGCGCCAAAUAGAGAGCCUUCUCAUUCGCAAUUGUUUUUCAAUGUCAUCAUCCUCAUUAUCCACUGAAAACAUCAGAAUCAACCUGAUGGCAACAAUGACAACUGCAACUACUAUACCUCUGAAUAAAACAGCUGCUUUCUAUCUUUCACAAGGUCUAUUGCUUUGCAAAUGUUAUCUAUUGCGCAAAUAUGCUUCAUAUUUGCCCACAAAAAACAACUUAAGGAAACGAUUCCUGGCUGAUAUUCGUGAUUUGGAAGAUCCCCUUAUGCAUAUGGAGCAGAAAUUGUUGACGUGUCAACGAAUGUGGAAAUCGUGGAUUUUUUUGCAAGAAGAUAUUAAUUACUGA